GGAGAUCGUGACGUCACGAGCACAGCAGCGCAGGGAUAUCGCUCCCCAUCCAUUAGCGGCUAAAUGGCUAAGGAUCGCUAACGAUCAGCUAUGAUUCACGUUUUAUUUGCUUGUAAAAUGAAAACUUUUUCGUAAUAGAGAAAAAAUGUUUGGAUUAAAGCAAAACGGAAGCAAGGAGAUUGUUGGUUUAUAUUGUAGAGGAAGCGAGGGAUGUGUUUGUCAAACUGAUGCCAGGUUCAGGCUGUAGGUGACAGCAGCCAAGAUGAAUGGAGGUGUGGAGCACACGGAUAUCCUGUCCGUGGGAGAUGUGGUCAGGGACCGGUGGAAAGUGGUCAGGAAGAUAGGUGGAGGCGGCUUUGGGGAGAUCUAUGAAGUUCUGGACCAGUUGAGUCAGGCCACUGUGGCGCUGAAGGUGGAGUCUGCUCAGCAACCCAAGCAGGUGCUGAAGAUGGAGGUGGCUGUGCUGAAGAAGCUUCAGGGUAAAAACCACGUGUGUCGCUUUGUGGGCUGUGGCAGGAACGAUCGCUUCAACUACGUGGUGAUGGAGCUGCAGGGGAGGAAUCUGGCAGACCUGCGCAGAACAAUGAGCCGCGGCACGUUCUCCGUCUCCACAACGCUGAGGCUGGGCAAGCAGAUCCUAGAAGCCAUCGAAAGCAUCCAUUCUGUUGGUUUUCUGCACCGCGACAUCAAACCGUCAAACUUUGCCAUGGGACGCCUGGCCAGCACCUGCAGAUGCUGCUACAUGCUCGACUUUGGUUUGGCUCGCCAGUUCACCAACUCAAAUCAGGAAGUCCGGCCUCCUCGUCCUGUCGCCGGUUUCAGAGGAACUGUGCGAUACGCUUCAAUCAACGCUCACAAGAACAAGGAAAUGGGUCGUCAUGACGACCUCUGGUCUCUCUUCUACAUGCUAGUUGAGUUCAUGGUUGGGCAGCUUCCCUGGAGGAAAAUAAAGGAUAAGGAGCAGGUCGGCAAUCUAAAGGAAACUUACGACCACCGACUCAUGCUGAAGCACCUCCCUUCCGAGUUCAGUACGUUCCUGGAUCACAUCAUGACCUUGGAUUACUUCACCAAGCCUGACUAUCAGCUGCUGACGUCAGUGUUUGACAGUGCCAUGAAGAGCCACAAUGUGCUGGAGAAUGACCCCUACGACUGGGAGAAAUGUGACUCGGAGGAUGUGCUGACCAUCACUGCCGCAGCAAACACUGCUCAGCAGCUCACUCGCCUCACACCGGCUUACCUCGGCAUGGCCAACGCCUCAGUGCUGCCAGGAGAGCUGCAGAGGGAGAACACCGAGGAUGUCCUUCAAGGGGAACGCCUCAGCGAUGCAGACAACUGCCCCCCCAUCCCCACGCCGACAACCCCUGGUGGAGAUGUGUGGGAGGAGAUGGACCGCAACCGCAACCAUAAACGUGCCCAACCCAUGAUCAGGAAGGUGGUGAGUGAAGACGAACACAGUCAGAAUCAGGGGAACCAGAGUCCGAACACCGGCUCCAUGCAGAGUUCGCCCCGACGGGUGCGAUCAGAAACCAUGUUCUUAGACAGAGCCGCUCCGCUGCUCCGGAGGAUGAGGCACAGCCAGAGCUUAGCGUUCGAGAAGAGGCUCGCCCCCGAACCCAAACCCACCAUCGAGCGCUUCCUCGAGGCCUAUUUGGGGAAACAGCGUCCAGCUCUUCCCUGUGUUGGAGAGAAGUCAAUCCCUGAGAAGGAACAAGGGAGGCUCACCCCUACGUCCAAUCAGGAGCAUUCCGGUACCGCCACAGUGGAUCCAGAGGAGGGUGCGGCCAGCAGCGGCUUUGUCGCAGUGACCGUCAGCCCCAUGCCGCAGGAGGGGGAUUCUCAAGAGUGGGUGAUGCUGGAGCUCGAGCAAGGCAGCAAGCCCGCCGCUGACGGGAAGCACGAGGACAAGCGUCGGACCCACGUCCCCGCUGACGCUCGAAACCCGGCGCCGCAGGAUGAGGAGCACAGCAGUCCCGCGGCUCCCAGCAGCCCCGUCCUGUCACAGAUGGCCAUGCCCGGCACGUGGUUGCUGGGUCACCGGAGGCUGCCGGGAAUGCUGGGACAAAUGCCCUCAGUGGUUAUGGGAAGACCCCAGAUGGAGCAGUCGCCUGUGCUGAAGAACGACGGUGUUGCCUUAGAAGAAACGUCUGGUCACCUGGAGGAACUGGUAGAAGAAUGCUUAAAAAAUGGCGGUCGUUUGGAUUCAGCCGCAGCGUUAAGCCCAGCGAAGGCCGCCGCCGCCCACCUGACUAAAGACCGGGACCCCGAGAGCGACUCCGGUCUGCCGGAUCGCUCCUCGGAACCGAAUCAGCAGCUCCAGGCUGACACGGCGGGAGGCGCCGUGGAGAGCACGGUCACCGUCUCCUCUUCUCCUCCUCCAGCUCUGCUUAGACAGAGAGAUUCUCCAUCUUCUCCGAGACUCAGUCGGAUCCCGGUGAGGGACCCCAGCAACCCUUUGGACUCUCCGAGCAGGGAUCUGAACCUGGAGAAGCGACACCGCUGGAGCAGCCCGGUCCCCGGCUCCCCCACGCACUCCCCCUCCCCGUCCCUGUCCUGCGACAACCUGCCCUGCGCCUUGCCGAGAGACAGACUUUCCUCCGAAAGAGGCUCGCGCUCAGACUGCGUGGGAGAAGAUCCCCUUUCCUUGUCGUCUUCUUCAGGAAGUAAAAGUAAAAUCCCUCGUCCUGUGAGCGCUUCGUUUCUGCCGGAGCAGCUGAACAGCAGGUUUCUGCCUCGACCGCCUCCCGGAAAACCACCCAUCCGUCCUUGUGUUGAUAGCAGGCGGCGGCGACUACGAGUUCGCGCCAGCAGCACCAGCGACGCAGACUUUCUGGCCAGCCUGACCCAGCUCAUGCAGGACCGUGGAGGAAUACUCCUCAGCCCCCCACAUCGCCCUCGAAGCUCCUCCUCCUCACUCCAGCGCUCGCUAAGCUCCUCUCCGUCCCGCCAGGAGCUCCGUGAAGGCGGGACGCUGCAGGGACGCAGCCGUUCCCCGUCCAGCCUCUCGGGCUCCCCGCCCCCGAGGCAAGCUGACCCGCAGGACCGGGCAGCAGGACCCGGUCUGUGGGGUCGCAGCUCCAGAGGACGGGGGCCACUUGGCGAGGGUAAAGGCAAAGUGACCCGAUGACUGUAUUCACCUCCAAAUGACUGAACUGUAGAGACACCGCUUCACUUCCAGUCCCUGGCAGCAUGUGUAAAUUUAUUUACUCAAGGGAAUGUACUGUAUGUAAUUUAAAAUGUAUUAUAAAACAAGUUUAUUUAUUUAUUUGUUUGUUGGAUGUGGAGGGGAAAAUCUUAAGAAUGCCAACUCCUUUCCCUUCUGUUAAAACUCCAAAAAAAGCCUGACUCGAGACCAAAAGGAUUUAAUACUUUGUGGGAUGUAAAAACCAUACUAACUGUAGAUAUGUAACAUCAGAAAAGUAGUAAUCACUAAUUAUAGAAACUCACAUUAUGAGCAAAAACGUAGUAGAAAACAAACACCACAUGCCUGAGUCACCAUAUAAAAUACAAAGCAGGAGUUCCUGCAUCAACCUUACUUUUAUCAACUAUUAUAGUAUUAGCAAUGAGCUGCUCAUUUUGACAAAUCUGUGUGUUAUUGUGCUUUUUUUUGCUAAUAAAUGUAUUGCAGUUAGCAUAUUAGAAUGUACAUUGCAAGUGCACUCAUUUAGGUAUUGUAAAUGUGCAUGAAAUAUUUUUUUUUAAAUUAUUUAUUGGUACAAUCAGCUGAAACAUCUGUAUUUUUAUUGAAUUGCUUAUCAAAAUACAUUGCGACAUAGACCAGCAAA